AGCCGUUUUUAAGCAACCGUCUUUUUUUACAGAUCGCUCUGCUAUGAACAUGCUUUUUGCGUUGACAAUUAUACAAGGAGUGUGGUUGGUUUCGCUUUGUGAGAAGGGGAAGCUAAAAGAAAAGAACCCUUUUCCCGGAUUUCCAUGGGAAAAGAAUCCAGGAAAGUCGGAAGCGCCUGGAAACUACAGUGUGUCUCUCCGAAAUACAAACAGAGUCUGUAUCAAGGCUCACUUCACGAUGACAUUCGAUAUUGAGUAUUUCGCGCGCAAUCCAGCUACGAAUAGGGACUAUAUUGAGCUGAAGAAGGGCGACAUGCCUUCCAGCCCUUCGUUGAUGAACCGAGUUGGAGGUAGGUGCAUGAACCAAACCGAGUCGCCCUUCAUCUUCUUCCAAUGGGACGAUGGCUACUACACUCUCAACAUCUCCUUCCGGACGCUGCCUCAGGCAACGGGGGAUCUGUGGUAUGUGCACGAAGUGGUCUUCACUUAUGGAAUGAACAGUACUAAAGAGUUUCCAAAUGUCGCCCAUUCUAAAGACAGGACUUUGAAGCAGGCGAGGUUUGUGGGUCGUCUGUUCGAGACUCCAGUGGGCAUGAGCUACUCGUGCAGUGAGCCCACCAGGGUCACACUCACCAACGACGACGACGUGUAUGAAGUGAAUCUCUACAUGCGCAAGAUGCAGAUCCAGCCCACCCAGAUAUUCGAUAACCAUUUCUCUGUCGCGAUGCCAUGCGAUGCAGACUUGGUGCCCAUGGGCCCGGAGUACAGUCCCCACCUGCACACGAGUAUGGCCCUAGUACUGAGCAUAGGAGUGAUGGGGAUGAUGGGCAUGUACAGCUUCUACAGGCGAUACAGGGCCAAGAUACUCCCCAUUCCAGCCAUCAUUCUCGGCACCCUCCGGUCCGGAGACGGCAUCGCCAACGCCCAGUUCUUCCCCAAGGAACCAAAGUACGAACAGGAGGAAAACUAAGUACACCCGGACAGUGAUUGGACAAACUGUAUUCUGAACUUAUUUAUGUUUAUUGUGUAGAAGCAAACUAGAAGUGACAAGCUAAAUUGGCUAUUUUCCUAUCCCCUCGAUUUUGUUUAAAAUAGGGUUGAAGAGCGCUUAUUUGAAAGUACUUUUUUGUUGUAUACUGCAUUAAAACGCGUCAGCAUGAAAUUUUUUUUUACAACUUCUCUGGCAAAUCGCUCUAUGAACAAACAAUUCUUAAACUACUUUUAUGAACUUUACAACGGAGUGGGAAACAGGAAACGAGACAUAACUAAUUUUGGAUUGUAGUGAGCUCCUGGAUAACUCUAGUGGUUUGUUAUCUAACUUCGUUCAGUUUUUAUUCCUCUGAAUUAAUUAAUUUCUCAUAAUACUGCAAAACAAACCAUGAUCGGAAGAAGCACCGAGUGUUCUGAGCUCAAGAAUUUCAGUGAAUAAAUUUAAAUAACUUGAAAUCUGCAAUGCUGCAAUUUAUAUCUUACGAUUAAUUAAAUGCUGAUGUACGCAUGAAAUAAAUAAAUUAUAAUUUAAGCUCCUUAGAUG